AUGUCCGUCACAUCGUCGCCUCAACAGGACAUCCAAGCGCUGUUGAGGCGGCGUAGUCUCACGGUUGUACCCCAGGACCAGCAAAACAUUCUGGACAAAGACGGCGCAUGGGCCGUGGAGGGUAAUCAGCGUCAGGGUCAACCUCAUGUGCCCAACCAUGUGCUGGAGACUAUUACGGAAGCUUUUUUGCGAAGAAAGGAGCGCAAGAGCAAGCUGGUGAAUAUAAAUGAACUACCCGAGUCGUUUCAACUAAGCAGUGACGGGGGAAACGAUGAGAGUGCCAAGAAGCACGGAACCGUCAAUGCAGAUGACCUCCCUAAUGCUAUCCAAUGUCACAGUGUGGACAGAAUAGUUGAGAGCGUCGAGGAUCAGGUGAACAAGGAACAGCAAGAUGCCGGCGAUGAUGAACAAAGCGAUGGCCAGUCCUCAACCUCCUCGGAAGCCCAUAGCCGUUUAACAUGGUCGACUUCCCCAGAUCGAGGUGCUCGAGAACGCCCCCUAACAACACCGAGUCAAUCACAAGCUGUCCAGGAAACCCCAAUACCCAAUCCGAGGCCAGGACUUCUCAAUACGCUUCCCCAGCCAGAACCCCAUCGUCUGGCCGUGAGAACCGCGAAAGAAGAUGAGGAAGAGGAAGACGAAAUGGACAUGCGACUCCCACAAGCUCACGAGCAACCUGACGUCAGGAUUAACCUAGAAUCCACCCGGCGGCAAGUAAAAUCCACGCCCGCCAUGAAUAUAGCCUCACAAGUCGUGGAAACCGAAACUCCGCCCUGUGCUCAACCAAACCAAGACGUCAUCCCCUACACCGUGGAUUCAAACCGGGUCUCUGCUCGCAUUGACCCCGGAACACCACAAAAGCGGCGUAAGAGAUUUAAGAUGUACGAUAUAAACACCACUCCAGUCAAGCCCGUCAACGCAUCAACAUCAUUCACCCGUCUCCCCAACACAUUACGCAUAAAAGAAGUAGAAAGCUCGCUAUCUACCUCAUCCAGCUCCCUCAUCCCAGCUACAUGUUUAACAGCAUCAACCCAAAACUCAACCACCGCCGCCCCUCCCCUUGCUUCACCCAUCCCUCUCCCAAACCCCAAUGACCACGAACCUCGCUCCCUUGCGCCUACAACAACAUGUAUACCUACAGAAUCUCAAGCGCACUCCGUCAAUCCGCGAAUCUCUCCCGUCACCGCUUCAAACCCCUAUAUCCUCUUCACAACCACGUACCCGUCCUACCCUUCGCAGAACGGCACCCUCAAAAAUUUCGUCAAUGCCUGCAUCUGCCUCGAAUUCCUCGCAUCAGGGCGUGCCCUCCGCGAAUUCCUCUACGACGAUUUCAUUCGCGCCUAUUCUGCAGAAUACCGGAAAUACGUGACCGGUGCGCGGGCAGGACAGGAGCCCUUGCCCGCAGUUGAAUGGUUCAACAUGCUACAAGGGCAGCCAGAGUACAGCAAGAUGGUGAUUACGAAGCAAAAUUUACAACAUGUGCUGGACAUGUUUCCGGAUGAGGUUGCCAGGACAAGGCGAUAUCUUUCCCACAAGACCAGGGAACCUGGGAACGAGAAGGCGGUGGAAGGGCGGGGAAAGCCACUGAGUAGAGACCACGUUGUGAAUGCCGAUGUCCCGACACCAGACAUAUCGCCCCCUCGACCUGCCAAGAGGCAACGUCGUUCACCACCGUCGCCGGAAUUAGGGUCCGAUGCGCAUGAACCGCGGGAUGCAGCACCCCCGUCACCCGUGAGGUCGAAAGCACCGAAGGCAUCCCAGUAUUUUGAGAGAUUAGCAUCAGCUACUAAAAGUGACGCGCGGAAGCAGAGAUCCGCUGAAGAACGGAAGGCCCUGCUACGAGAACACAUCAGAAGGAAGAAGGCCAGUGGUGUGCUGAGUUCACGGAGUCGGCAUGGUUCGACGUAG